AUGCUGACGGAGCUCCCACUCAGCCUUACAGCAUUCCUAUGUUGUUGCGGUUUGCUGGCUUGUGAUCGCCAAGUGUCCCUGCAGCUGAGGAAAAAUUGGGCCGAGCUGUUUUGUUUCACGUACGAUGCCGACGAUCGAGAUGCGCAGCUGAUCCGUGACGAACGACGCCAAGUGCAGGCUGUGGUCCUCCAACGGUGUGCACCGUACAUGAUCGUGAUCUGUCUAUCCUCCUUCGUUUGCUGCUUUGUGGCCCUCAUGGUGAUGCCUGAAUGUUGGCGCUUGGUCAUUGAGCUCGACUACUUGGCGAUGAGUUCUAACGUAAUCGGAGCCAUCUUCUUGUACCGGCAUUUUUUGCCAGGCGCCAGAAAUCUGAAACUGCGUGAUUGGCAGCUGGCCGGGGCGUUUUACUUACCCUGGGUCUGUGUCACCUUCUUGCAGAUCACAUUCUUUUCCUGUGGUGACGAGGCGCGGGACGGCUACUACUCCACUCGCCUGGUCUACUUCUGUUACCGGGCGCUGCUGUCCGUGGCUCUGAUGUGUCCCCUCCAGUGUACACUAGCGGAGCUCAUCUGCUCUGGAAUGGUUGCGGCUGAUGUCCAGAGGUCCGAAGCACGAGCAGCUAUGAUGUCCAUAGAGCUUCUUUUUCUGCUUCUCAUCUUCGCCGGGACAUGCUUCCUCGGCCAGUGGAUGAUUGAUUGGGCUUUCGCCAAUGCUCGCAAGGCGGAAGAGGCUCUCUCUGCGCUCGUGGAUGCCAGACUCGGGCUCAUUGAAAAGCUGUGUGAUGCCGAGGUUGAACUCUCCGGGGAUUUGAAAAUGCUGGAAGCCAGUCCGUCCUGGGGCGCGAGGAUAGGUAUCCAUCUCGCCAGCUUUGAGGGCAGCUUCCUAGACGUGAUCGAUGAGGACGAUGCCGAGCGUGUUCUGACAUUCUUGCAGUCUGCGAGAAGUGAGGGUGCCAGUAGUUGCCUCCAUGCGAGCUUGCGGACAUUUGCCGACGACCGCGUCGACGCACGCCUGUACCAUGCGGCCCAAUCAGGCCGCUCCAGUGCCUGCCAGCAUCGACUGGCCGUGAUCUUUUUGGGCAACACCGAACCUCCCGUGGGCACCAUUGUUGCCAAGCCGCCCUCCGAGGUGUCCGAAGACUUUUCCAGUGACUGCGAGCGCCUGUUCCGUCCACUUGUUUCUGCUGACGCUCAGAUGAGCUGUUUACGUGUAGCACAAGGGUGGCGAACGGCAAGACUUAGCAGCAGCAUCAUUUUUCUUGUCCCUGUGUCAGUAUCGCAGAAUUAUGUACCCCCCGCCACCACAACCAACAACGCCAGCUCGGGGUCUGGAUAUGAAGCACCCUCUCGCUCGUCUGGUCAUCGAGCUUGGCGGAACUUGCAGGGUCUUCGGCCUCCUAGUCUAAAUCGCGAUCGGUUGUUGUUUUGGUGUUUGAGGGUCCUGUCCUUGGGGUUGUUUUAG